AACUCACAGGACCCUACAGGUACAGGUUUUGACCUGAAUGCACUGGUCUUCUCCAAACAUAACGCUCAACGAUAACGUUGUCUACGUCAGAAUUUUGACCCUUAGCAUGCUCUUUAAACUUGUACCGGAGAGAGCACUUGCAUAACAGUGGCAUCACUGAAGCACUAAAAUCGACAAGUUCAGGCAGGCUUCCUUUAAUCUUCCAGGGCAAAGUUUGUUCUUUUGACAUCAUUAAAUUACAUCAGAAGUGGGUUGGGCUGGGUGCUGUUGGAGUACAGGAGACGAAGAGAAUGUGGCUGAAGGUGCUGCUGCUAAGCUUUAUUAGUUGUUUUGCAUGUCAAGCUGACAUUUGCGUUGUUGGAGUCUUUGGGGAAUCUGUCUUCCUGCCCUGCCUCUAUAAUGGACUAGAGAAUUUGACAACUUUAAACAUUUCAUUCGAGUGGAGAAGAGGUGCUGAGGUGGUGUACAAGGCUCUGUGGACAGAAGGGUACGAGAAGAGAAUUGAUAAGGAUGUCAAGGACAGAAUCUUGGUGUCUGCUUUGGCACAAACUGGAAAUUUCACAAUGAAGCUGAGUGACAUCAGAUUCUCAGAUGCUCAGAAUUACACUCUGCAUCUAAACGUUCUUGAUCAUGGAGAUAAUGUCUCGAUAUGCACGGUCUGCCUCAAUGUUGCAGAUGGUGAGAACUUCAGGCAUGAACGUAAAUCUGCAUUCAUAUGGAUACUCAGCCUUGUUCUGUGUGUGCUGGUGACUGCGCUGGUGACAAUAGCUUUGUGUUUCCAGAAGAAAUGGGACAGGCAGGCUAGAAGAGAACAUGAAGACGAUUCAGACAGGGAAGAUACAGAAAUGAUCAUGAUGGACGGGAAGUAUUUUGAUGAACUGCCUAACAGAGAUAGAUGUGUCAUAUAGUCACCAGCUGUCAGUCACUGAGUGUCCCUUUACAUAUUAUUGUCACAGUAGGUGUGAUGGGUCAACUCUGUGAUGCAACUUUGGAACCACUUUACAAUAAGACUACUUUUAUAAAGGGUUUAUGAAUUUAAAAUGUUUAUUAAUGGUUUGUAAUUAGUUCAUAAACACCAGCAAACCAUUAAAAGGCAAAAACAUUAAUUAGCAGUUGUAACAUAAAAAGAGUAGCAGUGAACUGUUAUAUCUGAUGAAUGUGUAUAUCUGAUGAAGCUGACAGGUGCUGCCUGACGGAGAAGAUAAAGUAAGAUAAGUACCCAACCAGAUCUGAAUUUAAACUGUCUAGAUAAAUGCAGGCUCACUAUGGGCCUGUUAACAUCUUGCAACAGUGCAUUCUCUGUGAUUUUACUAUGUUCAGGUUUCACCUGACAGCAUGACAAGCCAGGGGUAACCACCCCAAGGAUGCAUUGUGAUCGGAUUACGAUCAGAUCAGUCAAACCCCUUUCAGAGGAGGUCCGAGAUGGAUCAUGAACAUAUUCAACACAAGGGUAAACCGGUUGCAUUUUCAUUAUCUGUAAUUAUGUGAACAGAAAUGCAUCUGCUGCACGCAGCUUAGCCAGUGAGAAGCUAAUACAUAAACUUUAAGGAUAAACAAUAAAAUGAAAGAUGGUGGCUCAAAGGUACAACUGACAUUACAACAUUUUCUUCUGAAUGCUGCAAGCAAUUACACAUCUCUACCCAAUGGCCAAAUCUUACAUAAUGCAGUUUUAAGUGUGUAUGAUUUUAAUACCCAUUUAUAAACUAAUGUUCAACCAAUUAUAAACCCUUUAUAAGUGUAGUCUUAGUGUAACCAGGUAUCUUUUUCUUGUUCCAUUUUCAGAGACACUGACCACUGACCAUAGAUCACUACUGUACUCUACUGCUGAACUGUAUUUAUUAACUUUAAAACAGUGAAUGAACUUGAACAAUGAACUUUAAAUCGUUUUAAGCAAUUUUUAAAACACUACAGAAUGGAAUUAUUACUUAUUUAUUUUAAGAAACAUUUUUUUAACUACAAAUAGGAAGUGUCAUUAUCUCCCUGGUCAGGUCCCAGGCCUUCCUUUUUCUACUCCAGUCUCAUCUUUCUUGUUUUGCCUAACUCCACCUUUUUGUUACUAACUGGGGGUAACCCAGUGUUCCCAGAAAUGUCUUGUAAAUAUGCAAAAAAGGUACAUCACUUCCCUUGCUAGUGUUCCCUUUGUGCGUUGUUAGUUGUUUCUGUCUGCAGAGUUACAGGAAGCUUAUGCGCAUUGUUGCUAACAACUGUGUAAAUACAUCAUUAAAUUGUAUUUAUGGAUUAAAGACCUUUUUUUUCGAGACACA